AGCUCAAUCCGCGGCCGCCCGGCGCGAAGCGCGCCCGGGGGCAGCGCCCGCUGAUGAGGCGGAAGAGGUGGGAUGAGCUCCAAGUUGCUCGCUGAAGAGAAGGAACUGGUGAAGCUGGUGUACUUCGGGGAGGUGAGAUCACAUGAAGGCAUUCGACUGUGGCGCCGGGCACAGGAGCGACAGCGUUCCCCACGACCGCGCUCCCGGGAACGGCCGCUGGAACAGACAGGUAGCGCAGCAGCGACCGUCGGGACAGGGCUUGAUGAGAGCGCCUUGAGCCGUGUCCUGGACUCGCUGAACGAAGCCUAUCGGCGCCUGACGCGGCCCGACCAGGUGGGUCGCGCCUGGACCUCGGAACGCUGGGCGAUGCUGAGCCAGGUUCUUGCGAAAUUGCGGACGUUGGCAAACAUUGCGAAGUGGAACUUGGCUUCGCCGGCGCAGAUCUUGUCCUCCGAUCCCAAGGCUCUAGCCGAAACCGGUGUAGAGGAUACCACCUUGGCUGGUCAGGCCGUGGACUCCGCUGAGGCGCUGGUCGAUGCUCGUGUGCUCCGUAUUGCAGUGCGCCUAGUCCAACAGGUCGACAGCGUGGCUCGUAACGGCAACGGCAAGGGCGGAUGUUCCGGUGCCACACAUGCAGCCGCUUGGGUGUCACCAGAGGUGGUUUCGUUGGCGGGCAUGGUCUUAACCCAUUUGCGAUCAAUCACCCUGGUGCUGGAGCAGAGUGAACGCACCGACUUAGAAGCCCUGGAGAAGGUCUACUCGGGCUUGGCCAGCGGUUUGUCGUCCUUGAGACGGCGCUUGGGGAAAGAGGUGCGGCGCUUGGGAUAUGGCAGCUCAACGCGACUCGGCAACCAUGAGACUUGGGAAACUCGCGACCCUUUGCAGGAUGCGGCCAAAGCAGCCUCAAGCCUGGGCGUGAGCGUUUCGCAGAGCCACCAGGGCUGGGCGUCGGUCAAAGAGAAGUUCGCAGUGCAUGCGCGAUCAGAGGAGGAGAAGAUCGCUCUAAAGGCCGACAGCUUUGCGCGCCUGCACCAGGCCACCUUGCUCAGUUGCAUCAGCUCCUUCGCAGAACUGGGCACCGGCGAUGACAAAGGCCUUGAGGAACACACCCCUCAACGUGUGCAACGCCUGUUGGACUCAAUCCUGCACGAUGCAGAGAAAGCGACGUGGUCUGAACCGGAACCUGAUGACGGCGAGUCGCUUGCACCGUGGCAUGUGGAGUUCACGAGCAAUCAACUCAGGGCGAUGCAAGAUGCUGUGCAAAGUGGCAUUCCAAAGGUGGCUGGUGCUCAAACGCUGAUGCAAGACACCCUCAACGGAUAUGCGCAGCUGUCCUCUGCCUUAGGCUUGUCCUACACCGUGGAGAAAGCGCUGAGAGCGAACCCGGCAAAGAUCCGAGAACACGAGGCCUUGGUCGAGUUGGUGUUGCAGCUGCAGGAAGCUUGGCGCGACAGCGGUGCCUUACUCACGGAGAGUCGACAGGCUGACCUGGUGGCAUUAGAACGCACGCGCACGAGGCAUAGCAGGCUGGUGGUUCGUGCAUAUCGCAUCGGAGGGGAGGAGAUGGCAACGAUGGUCCUGGCUCGGCUGCUACUGGUGGAUGAGAUGCUCCUGCCACCGGCCAAGAGAAGACUCACUGGAGAGAUGCCAUUCACCAUGGACAAGCCCUAUCGUAUUUGUCAAGCGGUGAUUUCAGGCUUGGAGCAGGCCGGGCGGGUCAACGCCCGGCGGCGGCGCAGAUGGCUGCGCUGUCCUCACGCCAACAUGCGGGUGGUGCUGGCUGGCGAGGUAUGGCGACAGCUCAUGGAGCGGCACUUGAACACCGAAGCCGCCUUCGAUCCUUUGAACGCGUGUAUGGACCUUCCUUUGUCGCUGCGCGAGUUCCGCAUUGCCGCCAGCUUUCUGGAGGUAAACCUGGCUGAACGGGUAGCAGGACUGCUCUAUGAGGUCUGUGCAGAUAUGACCGGCUCCAAUGGCGAGGCGACAUUGUAUAGCCUUCAGAAGGUCUUGGCGCGCUUCGGGGCUCGCGGCUGUGGGCAGUGGGGCAAGGCAGCGGAGCUGGCUGCCUAUCAGUUGAAGCACGCGCCUUUGGCGCCGCCCAGAACUUCCUUACCCGUAGAGGAGGCGACACCAGGGAAGCCGCAGGCGAACCCAGGACGCCGGAUGUCAAGUAGCAUGGUUUCCAGCCAGGUGGCGGAGCUGGCUUCGGAAUUGAAAGGUGACCAGGCAUCAGCUCCAUCCAAACUUGCAGCACCAGAGGCCGGCCGCCGCUCCAGCAGCGGCCGGCGCAUGUCCAGCAGCAUGGCAGCCAGCCAGGUGGCGGACCUUGCCUCGGAAUUGAAAAGUGAGGCAGCAGCUCCAUCCAGACUUGCAACACCAGAGGCCGGCCGCCGCGGCAGCAGCGGCCGGCGGAUGUCCAGUAGCAUGGCAGCCAGCCAGGUGGCCGAGCUGGCGCAGGAGUUGAAGGUCGAGGAAAAACCGGAGCUCACCAAGGUUCCAACAACGGCUUCCACGGUGUCGCACCAUGGCCCUGCCGCGCAACCCGCACCGUUGACGCCCAUGGUCUGUCCAAGGUGUUUGAAGGGCGAUUUGCCGACCUUUCCUUAUGUUUCCGUCGGCGAGCUCACCCGCAGCCACGUCACUGCCGCUGCGCCGAUGGUGUCGCCACCGGCCACGGCUGCCACGGCGGCCACGACGUCAGACUUACACAGCAGCUGUGCCUCCGCCAGUGAUAGCUUUGAAGGUGAGUUGUCGCCCGACGACCCCCAGGUAGCGCAGGAACUGGGUGAGGACAUCAUUCUCUCCUGGGCCACUGGAGUGCUUACGGAUGGCAUCGUCCUGUGUAAAGAUGAGCGCGGGGAUUACUUCCGCUGGCUGGCCCGGAUCGUCUUGUACGACAUGUUGGACGAAGAUGUCCUGCAGGAGCGCGCCAAGUCCAGGGAGGAGUCAAGGCCCACCUCCAAAGCCAACAAGGGCGGCAAGCGCACCAGCUUCGUCAUGGCGAUGUCCGCUACGGCCACAGCGAAUAGUGAUGAGAAGCGACCCUCCGUGUCAGAGAACACGAGCCGUCCUCCAGAGGCAUCACGUCCAGCGACGAGCGUCUCUCUAGCCUCCUUGAUCAGCAACAUCACGGACAGCACGCACAAGGCCCAAGUGACGCAGAAGAAGCAGGCGGACCAACUGCAACAGAUGAAGGAAGCCGAACGUGAUUGGUCAAUCCCCAUCCCAGACGUUUACUUGGCCCGGAUGCGCGUAGACCUUGGAGUAAAAUCGGCAGACCACGACGCCUCCAUCACGGCGGCUCUGAGGAAUGUGGUGGGCGAGGAAGCCACCGCGCGGAGAAGAUCCAUCGCCAACAACAUGCUUUUGGCCUAUGGCCGUGGAGCGGAAUUGCAGCAGCAAAAGCGUGCUGAGCGAGAGGUUGAGAUGAUACAGCGGCUCCAAUCGUUGGUUCAAGAGUCGGAAGUGCAGGCUCUGAAGAAGGAGCUGGCGGCGGCGUCGCAGGCCAUUCCGACCAGUUCGACGUUGCUGGUGGGAGGCUCCGCCCAGCUGGCGCAACGGAUCCUGGUGCCGCGGGUCAGGGCUCCAGUAGUGCGCCAUGAGCAGGACGAGCAAGCUAACUUGAAGCAGGCCUUGGCCGAGAUGCGUAAAGACGGAGUAUGA